AUGCUUGUUCUGGUUGCGCUCUCUCUUCUCCAACUACUUGUCACCGGAACCAACGUGGUUGAAGACACCAAAACCCCAGCGGCUUCCGACCAGGUACCCUACCAGUUCAGCGGCGGUGACUUUGGUCUAGGGACCAAUGACAGCGUUUCAGCAGACGCAGACACUUUCGCGCCGUGGUCAUACAAGCCCGCGUGUACGGCAAAGAUCAGUGAAAUCGACAGUGAACUGUGCGUCUACACCGACCGGUUCUUCAGCGAUGGCCGGGGUAUCUCGAUCUUCACUACUCCAGAGGUUGCCAAAGAAUUCGCUUCUCUCCUAGCCUCUUUGAAGAGCUCGUUAAAACCAGAUGACGAACCGGGGGUCAACCAGUUCACAGGUGCGUGGUACACACACCCCGUCGCCGGCAAGGGAAUCGGUAUGCUGGCCAAACACGACCUGUCCCGUGGGGAUAUCACCACAGCAUACACUCCCGUGUUGCUCGCGUACAAGGAAGACCUCCUCCCCAAGGACGAGCGAGAGAAAUUCCUCCGGCUGGCAAUCGACCAGUUACCCAUCCCAUCGCGCGAAGCGUACUGGGAUUUAGCCACCCUCUCCGACGACGACGACGAGGACAGCCACCGCGCGCAGGAAAUUGCCGGUGCUAACGCUUUUGAGAUCCGACUCGAAGAGAAGAAAGGAAGUAAAUCCAAAGCAUCGGCUGCGGACGUGUCUGGGUCAGGGACAGCCCAUCUGGCCGUCAUCCCCGAGGCAUCGCGCAUGAACCACGACUGCGCGCCCAACGCCAUCUUCUACAUCAACGCCUCGACUCUCGCUCACGUCGUGCGCGCCACGCGUCCGAUCCGCAAGGGCGAGGAGAUCACCAUCGCCUACACCAACCCGCUGGCCCCGCGGGCCGUGCGGCAGAAAUACCUCUCGGACGCGUUCCAUUUUACAUGUACCUGCUCGCGCUGCCUCCGCGAUGGCAGGGCCGACACCCACACAAACGCAGGUUCAGAUAUCGAUGUCGACGCGGCCUUGUCUGAGAUAGCCUCCCUCCAAAACACGCUCUCGCGCUGGUCCGACCCCGCCUCAGAUGCCAGCGUCAAACACGCCGAGCGGCUCGUGCAGCUGCACCGCGACGAGGGCUUGGAGGGGUACCUCGACCCGGCGUACUGCUACGCGGCGCUCAUGUACAGCGCGGUGGGCAGCCUGCGCGGCGCGCAAAAGUACCUCGCACUGGCGAUCGAGGCGAUCGAGCUCCGACUUGGUCCUGGGGCACCCGAUCUGCCAGCGUGGCGGGCUAUGUUGGACGAUCCGACCAGGCAUUGGAGCUGGAUGGUUAGGAAGAGGGGGGAAGCGAGCGGGUACGGGCACGGGCACGGGUCGCGGGUGAGAGGGGAGUUGUAA